CCCUAGACGACCCCUUAAUGAAGCUCCCUUGGCUCCGUCGGCGCCAUGGCGGACCAAAAGGUGCUGGAAACCUUCAAGCGCUUUGACAGCGAUGGCUCUGGCUCCAUCUCCCGCGAGGAGCUUGGUGAGGUGUUGAAGUCCCUUGAAGGGUCGGUAUGGGACGAUGCCUCCAUUGAUGGUUUGCUGGCAGCUGCUGAUGAGAGCGGCGAUGGUGAGUUGCAGGUGGAGGAGUUUGUCAAGUGGGUUUUCGCUGAAGACCAAGCCAUCUCUGGUGGUGUCACGGGCAAAUUCAUCUUGAAAGUUUCGGGUUGUUCCAGACCAGAGCUCAAUGGCGUCUAUGUGAAACAGCCCGAAUGCUACUAUCGGAGGCCAAUCUUCCAUUGCAUUGAGAAUGAGAAGUAUUUGUUCUACCACGGAAGCAGGCAGCAGUGGCAGAUCUAUUCGAGAACGGGAAAAUAUGCAUCGGCCCGUUUAAAGACUCAUCGAGCAGCUCACAUGCCUGGAGACAACGUGAAAUGGGCCGUGUGGAAAACCACUGCCAGCAAGAAGAAGAGCUUUGUCCAAGAAUCGCGGAUGAAAUGCACCGCGGAGCCGCACAUGUCCGCGGAAGAAGAAUUUGCCAAGGCCGCCGAUGCGAUCAAAUUUGAUGAGAUUUUCUUCAAAAAAACCGAGGAGUCUUUGGGCAACCGACCUGUGUACAAGCAGUGGAAAGGGGAUGACUGGGCUGAACGCUUUCUGUUCUACGAAGGACCAAAGAGCAUGUGGAAGGUUGGCAACUCAGCGGCCUUUGGCAGGCCCUCCUUGUACACGUCGCAGACAACAGAUGUCUAUUCCCCAGAUUUGGCCCUCUGGAUGGAUGAGGCUCGGGGUGGAAAGAUUGCAGUGUUGGCGGUGGACACUGAUGGAGUUCCGAACGGUAUGCAUGGGGGUUUGAAGAUCAACAGAGCCAUCAAAGAUGGAUGGAAAGAUCCUGCCUUCCCCCACAACAAUGACUCGAUUGGAGAAAAGGCCGCAAAAAACUGCAAGUACAGUCGAUGGUUGAGGGCCCGGGCACUCCAUUCACAUCCUGCUCUCUUUGCAGACGUGGAACCUGCUGAUGCUUGCCAGGGGACUGUUGGCAACUGUUGGCUGAUAGCAGCAAUGUCUGCGUUGGCCGAGUUCCCCUCCUACAUCAAGAACAACCUUUUUGUGACCAAAAAGGUUUCUAAAGAUGGCAAAUAUAAGGUCAAGCUUUUUGAUGGCCGCAGCAAUCGCUGGGAGAUCAUUGAAAUUGAUGACUACUUGCCAUGCACGCCUUGGGGCGGAGACAAGCCAGACCUGCUAUUUGGUCACAUGCCUGAUGGGAAGAUGUGCCUGGCGCUGCUUGAGAAAGCUUUUGCCAAGAUGUAUGGUAGUUGGUCUGAUUUGGCCGGUGGCUUUCAAGCCGUUGCCUGGUUUCAUAUGACCAGCUGCACGGAAUACGUGUGCUACGGUGCAUCCUACCGCGGCUCAGCGCCCAAGUGGGUCGCCAGCAGCGACAUCUCCGUGGUGGCUGGGCAUACGAAGAGCCAGGCUCUAAAGCGUCUAGGGAAGUUGGGAGAAGGUGCCAACUUCGAGGAGAAACAGAGGAUUGGGCCGUGGAUCGAAUUCAAGAAACUUGAUGGAGACGGGCCUGAAUCUGGAUGGCUGAAAUACUACGCGAAUGGCAAGCGCUUGGCAAAGCGGACCGCUGCCAAUGAACUGCGCGUCAUCGUUGUAGAGGCUGCGGUGGUGCCACAGCAUGCAAUGGGAGCCAUCUCGGGGGACAAAGCGUCGAUCGGGAAGGCUUUCGACUACAGUUUCAAGAAGUAUGUGGAUGCAGAAGAGAUGUGGGAAAUUUUGCUCAAAUGCGACGAAGGAAACUACCUUAUGGCGUCUUCGGCCUCCAAAUCGAGAAUUGAAAGAGAUUCUGGCAUGGUCCAUGGCCAUGCCUACAGCGUCUUGCACGCAGUCGAGAUUGAGGGUCUCAGGUUGGUUUGCUGCAGGAACCCGUGGGGCAACGAUUCUGAAUGGAAUGGACCUUGGAGCGACCGCAGUCCUGAAUGGAAGGCCCACCCAAGCAUUGCAGAGGCAUUGAACGUGGAUUUCCAGACAGAAGGCUCCUUCUGGAUGGAUUUUGAGGAUUGGCUCUAUGUCAUGGGACAGCUGCAGGUCAUGAAUUGUAAGAUGCCAUCCAGACGUGGUGACUUUCACAAUCAGAUCGUAGAAGAGGACGAAGAUGAGCAGGAGGAUGUGCCGGAUGUGCAGGAAGAUGCUGAGGAUGAGGAUGAAGACGAGGGAUCUGGAACAAUCAAAGGUUGCUCAGGGUUGGGCAUAGAUUGGCGCUCUCCGCGAACUAUGGCCGAGGGAAUCCUUCUGUAUCCAGACAAAGAUUACACAUUCCAGAAUGUGCCACCGGUGCUUUUUGGUGGAACCUACAUUGGCAGCCAUUGUUGGCCAAAAGCCGGCACAUGGACCAUUGAGUACCAAGCUCCGGCCAAGCUGUACGUGUGGGCUGCUCAGGGACAGUUCAAUGCAGGAAUCGAUGAUGCACUUGGUGCCGAUGGUUGGACAGCAGAACCUGCAGAAAACUUAUGUGGUGGCGCCAUCUCCCUAAACUUGUGGAGCAAGCAAUUCGACACGGGAUCCUCUUACAGCAUUGAGGUUGUAGGAGACACAAUGGUCGGUGGCGUGAUCGGAACUACUCCUUGCGUGCAGCUCACGCCUCCAACGCGGAGUGAAGCGGUUGGAGGUUGCGCAGGAUUGGGUGUUGAUUGGCAUCCGGGACGAACUAUGGCCGAAGGCAUCCUUCUCUAUCCGGACAAAGAUUACACAUUCGAGAAUGUGCCGCAGGUGCUCUUGGGUGGAACCUACAUUGGCAGUCAUUGUUGGCCAAAAGCCGGCACAUGGACCAUUGAGUACCAAGCUCCGGUGAAGCUGUAUGUGUGGGCCACGCAGGGCAAGUAUAGUGGGGGAGUUGAAGACGUUCUUCCUGCUGACGGCUGGGCAGUAGAAGCUGCAGAUGGCUUUUGUGGUGGUGCGAUGGCUUUGAAGUUGUGGAGCAGGCACUUCACAACGGGAUCCUCUUACAGCAUCAAAGUUUCCUCAGACACCAUGGUCGCCGGUGUGGUUGGCAAACAGCUGGAGUGCAGCGGCAAAGUCACCGGCUGUUCCGGUCUGGGUGUAGGCUGGAAUCCUCCAAGAGGAAUGGCCGAGGGCAUCCUGAUCUACACCGACAAAGACUACACUUUUCAAAAUGUGCCUGCAUGUCUAACAAGUGGCACCUACAUUGGCAGCCACUGUUGGCCAAAAGCCGGGACAUGGACCAUCGAGUAUGAAGCUCCCACCAUGCUGUAUGUGUGGGUCCAGCAGGGUACAUACAAUGCUGGAGUGGAUGAGGUUCUCAAGGCAGAUGGUUGGCUUCAAGAAGACGCCAAGGAUUUUCUGAACGUGGCACUGGGAUUGGAUGGCUUUGGUAGUGGACUUCCGCUGACCUUGUGGAGCCGACAUUUUGCGAGCGGCUCCUCCUACAGCAUCGAAACCAAGGAUCUCAUGAUUGGUGGUGUGAUUUCCGAAUGUUCGGAUGUUUGAGACUCUGUUUCAUCUAGGUUUCAUCUAGUUUUGAACUUUCAACGUUUCAUCAAGUGCUAAAGGUAUUGGUGACCUGCGUUUUCGACCAAAGGUGGAGAAACAAA